GUGCACGCAUCAUUCAUGCUCUUCCUUUCGAGAAUUUCGUGCUCUGUCUGUUCUAAUACGAAGUUAGUAGUACUUAUUUUUUUUUGGAUUGACUUACUUAACAGUGUUUUUUAAAUUAAAAUAUUUUUAAUACUUAUAUUAGAUAAAUUUUAAAAAUAUUUAUAAACACUAUAUUUUGCGAUAAAAUGACAUAAACAAGUCUCAGUCAUAAGCAAGUCAUAAUUGCAAAAUUCUUGUAAUCCUUAUCUGCGCUAUUCAUAAGACAAGUAUAAAUACCAGACGCUUUCUCGUCGCUAUAUACUCUGCAGUGAGCAAAAUGAAUAUCACCAGGGCAGCUUUGAUUUUACUUUCUUUGUUGUUCUUGUUGGGUUUUUUCCAAGAAUCAGUGGAUGGGCGUCCUCUUUUACAGUCACUGUCCAGACCCAAACCGGAUGAUGCUGCCUUAUUUGCUCGAUGGCUUGUUUCUCAGAGUUCUUGGGGUGUCCUCAAUACUAUAGCAAGUGAUAUGGGAGGAGCACCGUUCGGGAAUGUCGUCUCAUUUAGUGAUGGGUCACCAGACAAAGGCCGUGGCAUACCGUACUUCUACUUAACAACGCUUGAUCCCACUGCUAGAAAUGCAUUAAAAGACCAGCGAUCAUCAUUUACAAUCAGUGAGUAUGCCAUUGGAACUUGUGGCAAGACAGAUCCUGAGAACCCAUCUUGUGCCAAAAUUACCCUCGUAGGAAAGUUGAAAGUGGUAAAUGGAGAUCCAAAGGAAACUAGCUUUGCUCAAACUGCUUUAUUCACAAAACACCCUGAGAUGGAAGGUUGGCCCAAGGGUCACAAUUUCCAGAUCUUCAAAUUAGAGAUUGAAGAGAUAUUUAUGAUCAAUUGGUUUGGUGGUCCCAAAUCUCUCACCGUGGAUCAGUAUUUGAAGGUUAAAAUGGAUAGUUACACGGCCAUUGCAUGAACUCUCUUUACGUAUACAAUGUGCAGACAGGUUCUUUCCUAAUGAAGGUUUCACAGUGGUUUAGUAAUGUGAAAAAGGGUUUUAUGGUAUCAGUUCAGUGAUCAAUGAAAUUCAACUGUAAAUAGGAGAUACUACUUGUGAAGCCCAUUAUCAUUCAUUCACAUAUGCACUUGUUGGCAUAUUGUAUGGCUUCUUUAAUAUUCAUUGUGAUUCUGACUCGUACAAAUUAUGAAAGUUCUAUGUGAAUAAUAGGAUGCAACAUCCUUUUAAGAUUUUAUCUGAACGAUGUUUGUAGGAAACUUUCUUAAGUCGAGUUUCUAUUGGAAACAACCCCCUCUACGGGGUAAGGUUUGCUUA